CUCCUCUGUGCUUUGACCCUGCGCCUCUCUUCUACCCGUUCCCUCUAUUCUACACACUCGAUGCUUCUUGUGCCUCAUCAGUAAACGGCCAUCCAGCCAGCACAUGUGUACCCCCUCUCUACCACCACAACGCCAUUAUACCUCCAAGAAGACAUGUUCAAUUUCAGUGGAAGCCUUCUCGCCGGACAACAUGACCUGCAGAAGGAGCGACAACCUCCGUCGCGCCCUGUCCCAGUAAUAUUUCCAUCGCUCAAUCCGCCUCAACCCUCACAAGACACCCCUCCAGCCCAAUGGACCGAUGGCGCACGCCCACCUAUAUCCGCGCAUAUACUCAGUCUCAAGAAGCCAUCAGAUGUCACUUUAGAAACAUUAGCUCUGUUCAACAUCGCGUUUGAGCCCCAUUGCGACUUCGAAACACUCGUGCCCUCCCCCACUGACAACAAAGACCAACAUCUACCGCCCAAAUCCUGGCUAGAUGUGCCGUCCGAGAGCGAAUUGGGCAAAGACGCCACCUCAGGUGCUCCCAUUAAACUGCUUAGCAACGGCAGGAGGUUCCCAGAUCGUAACGAAUUCUACACUCGUGCGAAAGAGCUAUUCCUCAAAAACGAAGAUGCGUUCUUGAGCCUCACCCGUAAAUCAUCCGCCCCGAAGGUGCCAGUGCGCAUUGCGCACUUCCGCAAAUUCUGGGAAGGACUCGACAAUCUAGCAUACUACUGGGACAACUCUCUUGACGAAUAUCUCCCACCAAAGCCCGCCUCGCCAACCGAGACCAUCGAAACACCCACCACCCCCACUGCAACCCUUCCAGAAGGACCCACAGAAGAGAAUGGCUCAAAGGGUGAUCCCGAGUCCUCGCCCCUGUCGUCGAACAAUGGAGAGCCUCGUAAGAAAGUCAAGACCGAAGCAGACAGCACCAGCCUGGCCACGCCUCCGACGAUUCGAUCUGGUUUUGGCACCAGCAAGCCCCAGAUCGCGAUAUCCUCCAGCAAGGUCCUGCCCGCCAGAGCGGCGCCGCCAAAAGUGCCAUGGGCCAUGAACAUGCCCGGUCUAUCCGAGAGGACCGCCGAUCUAUCCAAAGGCUCCUACAAGGGCUACCGCAUAGGAAACGGUGCGGAGAUGCCCGACCAGUAUCGCCUUGAUUGCGUGCGUUCCUUCCUCGAGCCUAUCGCUUGGGCGUUUGGAGUCACGCUCGCUCCGCACCGAAGGCCUCCCGUUCUCACGGUAGAGCACGUGAGGUUUCCCGUCCGCAUGAACAGCGUGGGAUGGCGAGGCCCCACCGAUCGUCUGAAAGCACGACAGGGCUGGAUGGAGGGUCCCGUGCUCGGUGUGCAGUGCAGACCAGAUGUCGAUUUCGGCUCCAAGCGCGACCUCGAAGCUGAUUCUAUUCUUGAUGCCGUCCGAGAGAUCGGAGGUCUGUUGUUGUUAGCCCAGGAACGUGCUCGAGAAGGUCAGGUCGAAAAGCGAGCUGGUGAGGGCAAGUGGUGGACGACGAGUCCUCGCUGGGGCGGAGGUCCUGGUGGUGAAGUUGGCGAAGCUACCGGUGCCAGCGACGCACCGUCACAAGAUGCCGCACAAACGCCAGACAAGCCCGCAACCAGGCUCAGGGAGGGAUUGGGCAAGGAGAGGAGAAGACCCUCUCCAGCAGAGGUCUGGAAGAUCUUGAGGCCAGGGCAUCCCAUGUGGGAUCCCAAGCUCCAGUACGAAGCAAUCGGCAAGGAGAAGGACACUGAGUGGGAUGAUAUCUUCAUGGUAUCCUCCCUCAACCACCACAUCAGCAUCCUCAAACUCCGCGUCCACCGCCAGUACAUCCGCUUCAUCACCGACGGCACACUACCCAGCGACACCCCCCAAGAUCCCAACUGGCACGUCCCCGUCCUGCAGCGAACCCGCUGGUACGACCUCUUCAGCGUCGAGGAUCGCACUGAAGCAAUGCGGGGGGUCUGGGGCGUCAUGGCGUACCUCAUGCGGCCGAAACAGCAAGAUUCCGCUGACCAAGCUGCGGAUGUUGCCAUGAAGGAAACGCCACGGUCUUGAAGUUAUCUCCUCACCAAAAGUCCAUAUCUGACCCUCAUAGAUUAUAAUGAACCCCAUCUUUAUGUCCAUAUUAAGGGAAUGCGUAAAUCUCCAACACACCGUUUGCGUCUCUAGCCAUACUAGACCAGCCCGUCCACGUUGUAGUAGUGCCUCUUACCAUUCACAUACACCCAAUCCCAAGACUGAGCAUAUACACUCAAGAUUCCUUCG